CUGACUGUUGUUGAACCCAGUUGAGCACAGUGACAAUCGUUAUCCCUGAUCACAGUAAUGUACUGAAAUACUAGCAUGAACAAAGAUGAAACUUUGAGAAUAAAGGGUGCAGAGGAUGACCAGGAAAAGGAGUUGGCCGAAGAAAUUUACGAUAUAAUCCGGACUAUCAGGGACCCAGAAAAGCCACAGACGCUUGAAGAUUUAGACGUAGUCUACGAAGAUGGCGUUUUGGUGAACCACCGUGGAACAGAUGAGUUCUUAGUGAACGUGGAAUUUACGCCGACCGUACCACACUGUACACUGGCAACCUUAAUAGGUUUAUGUAUUCGUGUAAAACUACAAAGAACAUUGCCACACAGUUAUAAAUUGGAUAUAUUCAUUAAGAAAGGUACACAUUCUACUGAAGAUGAGAUUAAUAAACAGAUAAAUGAUAAAGAAAGAAUAGCAGCAGCGAUGGAGAACCCAAACUUGAAAGACUUGGUAGACAACUGUGUGGUCGAUCUAGAAUAGCACAUACAUACGUAUAUUACAAGAAAGCCAUCAGAGCUAGCAGAUCUGUCGCCAUUUUUUUUACAAGCACUGGUUGAGUGUCCAUAGCUUAAUAGUGUUCCAGAUGUGAUAGCUGUGCGUUUUAAAUAAGGUCACAUGACCAUACCGGUACAUAGUUAUUAAAUGUUUUGAGCUAGUCUGCAAUGUCUUCAAUAAAGCACUGGUUGAAUGUCUCUAACUGCAAUAGUGCUCCAAAUAUGAUAUUUAUGCAUUAUUAAUGAAGUCACUUGACCAAAUACCGUCAUUAAAUAUGUUGACCA